AUGACUAAAGUUAAAGGCAAACCUGCUAAAAAAGAUAAAUUAAAUAAUGAAAAAGCUAUUGUUGAAGUAAUUUCUGUUCAAGAUAUUAGCGACUAUAUUGCUAAUACAAUUGCUGAUUUAAAAAAUCAUUCAAAGCUUUCUUUUGCCUUUGGUAUUCAUUUUGAUGAAGUUAUACUUAAUACUGUAGAUACAGACAUUAAGGCAAUAGUUAUAUUAUUAAUUGAUGAAAUUGAGAGUGGAGAUGAAUAUAAUUGGACAGUCACGACUGCACCAAAUCUUUUGGCUCAUUAUUAUACUAUUGGUUUUAUCACAUCUCUACUUUCAGCAUCACAUUAUACCAAAGUACAUUGUGAUGCUACUUAUAGAACUGCUAAAGGCAGAUUCGAACUUUAUAGAAUUGUUGAUAAUAUAGAAGGCACAGAUUAG